UGGCGACAACAGAAAACAUUGUUGUGUACUCCGUAUUCAAUAUGUAUACUCAGUCAUUAUGGCGUAGUGGCAGAUACUUACGAUCGCAAUGGCAACUAACUGACGACCCAUCAUCAGAUGCAUGUCCAAAUUGUACAUGCUUACAUGCUUGAAUCCUCACAUGCUUUUGUUUCUCAGCUGUCACCCUAUCGGUCGCGAAGCCUCCCCUCCUACAUGGCGCAUGGCUAUUACUACAAGAGUCGGUACCACUCGAAACUCUCUCCCAAGGAAAGUUGUUUCAAGCACGUACACUCAUAACCAAACUUGCAGCACCCAAGCGCAAAUGCAUUGGGUCAGGGCCACCCCCAUGCUACGAGGUAAUAGCCUGCACCUCGCCAUUGCUCGGCGAUGGACAGAGGCUGAAAGCUUGCUUGCGCAUCCGCCGUCCGCCUUUUCCGCCAUCCGCCUGGAUUUUUCCAGAAUAUCGCAGACGUCUGGUGCUUCAAGACGCUCUUCAACCAGCAGAUCUUUAUUUUCCCUACUCACCACCCGAGAUGAAAGGUCCAUUGCAUUCGUCUACAGUAAGAUCGCGGCAACAUAUUAAUAGCAUUCUCAUUCCCGCCCCCUCCCUCUCUCGUCUGUCUCCAUCUCCACCGACCAAUCCCACCGGCGCCAACUCAAUUGCAACCCCCAACCCCAAAUCCGGCAGGUAAGCAGAAAUCGCCCAUCGUCGCCAUCCAAAACGAAGCGAGCGGAGUGAGCACCCCCCAGCCCAGCCCAGCCCCAGCCAGUCAACCCAUUCCCUUUCGCCGCAACCACGCCAUUCGCAGCCAAGCGUGCAACCACGGAGG